CCGGAAGUCAGCCGUCUAGUCUGUUUACUUUUGCCGCUGCUGGACCCACGUGAACACAAUGCAGGUCUGAUGUGGCCUCAGUCACAAUGUCUCUGAGAUGCUUUCAGAAGACGUCGCCGACACUGUCCACGGUGAAGAGCUGCGUGCGUCUGAGACGCUUCUCCGGAGCGGCUCAGGGUCACAGGAGGGUGGUGAUCACCGGCAUCGGCCUCGUGUCUCCCCUCGGGACGGGAAGUGCUCUGCCGUGGCAGCGUCUGAUUGGUGGAGAAAGCGGUUUGGUCGCUCUGGACCCAGAGGAGUACAAGACGGUCCCGUGUAAGGUGGCGGCCCGCGUGCCGCGAGGAGAUAAAGAUGGCGAUUUUAACCAAGAGGCAUUUGUGUCCAAAGGAGAGAUCAACAGCAUGUCUGCAGCCACGGUUAUGGCCGUCGGGGCGGCCCGCUUGGCUCUUGAAGAUUGCGGCUGGUUUCCCAGAAGCCCCGAGGAGCAGCUGAGCACCGGCGUGGCGGUCGGGAUGGGGAUGGUGUCUCUGGAGGAAAUCGCUCGCACGGCCUCGGCCUUCGAGACGCGCGGCUACAGCAAAGUCAGUCCGUUUUUCGUCCCCCGCAUCCUGGUCAACAUGGCCGCGGGACACAUUAGCAUCAAGCACAAGCUCAAGGGCCCCAAUCACGCCGUGUCCACCGCCUGCACCACGGGGGCUCACGCCGUCGGGGACGCCGCCCGCUUCAUCGCCCGCGGCGACGCCCAGGUGAUGCUCGCCGGCGGGACGGAGGCCUGCGUCAGCCCCCUGUCCGUCGCCGGCUUCGCUCGCGCUCGGGCCCUCAGCACCGGCUGGAACCAGGAGCCCAGGCUCGCCUCGCGGCCGUUUCAUCCGGACCGAGAGGGGUUCGUGAUGGGAGAAGGGGCGGCCGUGCUGGUUUUGGAGGAGUAUGGACACGCGGAGAAGAGGGGUGCGCGGGUGUACGCCGAGCUGCUGGGCUACGGGCUCUCCGGAGACGCCGGCCACAUCACGGCCCCGAGCGCCGACGGAGACGGAGCCUUCCGGUGCAUGUCUGCUGCUCUGCGUGACGCCGGAGUGUCUGCUUCGGACGUGACGUACAUCAAUGCUCACGCCACCUCCACGCCUCUCGGAGACGCGGCGGAGAACGCCGCCAUUAAGAGGCUGUUUGAGCAGCACGCGCGCUCGCUGGCCGUGUCCUCCACUAAAGGAGCGAGCGGGCACCUGCUGGGAGCCGCCGGAGCGCUGGAGGCCGCCUUCACGGCCCUGGCCUGUCACCACGCCGUCCUGCCGCCCACCCUCAACCUGGACCGCACGGAGCCCGAGUUCGACCUCAACUACGUGCCCUGCACGGCCCAGACGUGGAGCUCCGGCGGGCGCAGAGUCGCUCUCACCAACUCGUUCGGCUUCGGGGGGACUAACGCCUCUCUGUGUCUCGCCAGCGUGUGAUUAGUCCUCUCGCGGGCCAGUUACUACGGGAAUUCAGAACAGAGAUCGUGUCGUGUUCGGAAGGAAAUACUAGCAAUGAUUGCAAUUUCAUUUUAUGCUUAAUUUGAUUUAAUUUAAGAACUAUAAGUGUAAAUAAAUUUUUUUUUGGUAAAGUUGACGGAUGACCAUCAGUGCAAGAAUUCAAUAGUUUAUGUAUCUUGGUAUUUCAAGAUUGUCCUUUGCUUUAAUGUAUGCUGUCAAAAAUAAAGUGUUUUAAAAACACUUUUAAA